AUGGCUGACCAUAAUACAGAGAUAUUGACACAUAUCCUGUCCCACCUGCAUCCAGACUCCCAUGCCUCCGUGGCUCUCGUCUCGAAGCGAUUCUAUGCCCUCGUCACCGAGCCACAUGCAUGGAGGAUGGCGUUCUUGCGCUUCUUUCCCGGUCAGGAGGCUUUGGAUCCUUCCUUCGGCAAGAAUGUCCUUGAUGCUUGGGAUGCCGGCUCUUCGGAUCUGGUGCGGUCCGAGUCUCGGUACUUCACUCGCUUGACACCGCUUGCGUCCUGGCGAAGCGAAUAUCUGCUGCGUACCCGCCUGUUGCGAAGCGUUGCACGCGGGAAACCGGGGACCAGCGCCGGGGGCAUUGGUACAUCGUCUCGCUCUAGCCAAGGAGGGAAGCGUGCUAGUGCUGUCUUGACGUAUAACUCCAAGUUGCCUUGGGUUGUCAGUCACAUCCACGCGGUCUUUUCGAAUGGCAAAAAGGGCCCGAAGGUGAUUCAUGGCACUCGUGACAUGUGUGUCUCUACCGUCAGCGAUCCGACGAUUGGCAAGGUCGAGAAAUGGGGCCUUGAUGACCCGUUCUCGUUUGCGCAGCUUGACGAGGUCUUUCCAAACCUCGAGCUGUAUGGUCUCGGUGAUGGCCCUGCAGCCAUCCCGAAUGUCAUGGAUGUUAGCCAGCCGUAUGGAAUGUUCGGAGGAGAAGGCUUUCCCGGAGGCAGGGUAUACUUGCGUGCAACAGGCGAGCUGCGCGGGAGAUAUCUGGGUCAAGACAACAACGCCAUCAUUGAUAUGACGCCCGAGGUACCCAAGAUACCUGAGCUGUCGGAGGCUAUCUGUUCUGUGUGGAUUGCCAAGUCCUCAGCCGUUCCUUCGGUGACCCAAUCCAUGGUAGGAAUGAUGGCAGGAUCAUCACUUGGUGUUGUGACAACUUAUGCGCUGAAAUAUGAUGCCACUGGUUCCAGUUAUGCGACUGGCGAGAUCACUGCGCGCUGGGUGCUCAGUCCCGGCGUCCCAAUCAUUGCAAUCAAAGUUGAUGAUGGCUACAAUAUGAAGAGGAGGUCUCUCGGUCGCGUCUGGGCAGUCGUUUUGAACGCUCUAGGAGAGGUAUUCUACCUGUCUCAAACUCCCACGCCACCAAUGGACAGAAGCAGAGGUGAUGAUAGCAUCAAGCAUGCUUGGAUGGCCGGCCGCUCGGUCUCCUGGGAGCUCAUUGAUUCCACCCGUCGCGAAGCACGCCCAGAUGAAUUCGACAAGAAUGCUGUGCGUGGCGCAUACUCGCCACGAUCCCCUUCUGAUGCCAUGAAUAUGAGCAAGGAACAAGUCGUUGCCGAGGCUCGUGAGAUAGAGAAGUUUCUGCGUUAUAAGCCCGCCCAUUUCCGCAAAGUCUGCAAAGGCUGGGACAUGUGCCGGAAGCUCGAGGUUGAUUUUGCGGGCGGCGAGGGUGACGCUGCAGGAGAAGCUAUCUUUGCCAUUUGCCCUGGAGGUGACGAAGAAGUGCCAGCAAAGGUUACUAGACAUACGAGACGUCUCAUUCAUGGAGUUGACGAGAGCGUAAAAACAGCUCCUUCGCCUAUCCCGCUUGUGGAGAAACAGCCUUCAAUCUUCGGCGGCGAGCAGGUGGCGAAGACGCCUGCCACGCCUAUCCUAUCCGAAGUCUCCCGUUCACAGACACCACAAACCGUAGGAUCACCCAAUCUUUGGUCCAAGCUUGCUAGCGUGGAGCUGAGGGAAGACUGGCAAGCAUCUGAAUACUCUCUGAAUGGUUCAACACAUCUAGAGAUCACAGCAAGCGGCAUUGACAUGUCGACAUUCGCCUUGCUCUGCCAUUUCGAAGAUCCACUGAAUGGACUUUCCGCUGCAAAAGAUGCUGUGGCAACCCCUACCACAAAGCAAAGCACCGGUGAAAUCCCAGGUAGACGAUCUCGUCUUCUCGCAGUCGGCACUGACGAUGGACGGAUUCUAGCAUGGAAUACCCGUGACACUGCUACGACCAAGGUUGAACCUGUUCGUGUCGUCCAAACGGAAUCACCGGAAAUAUCCUGUCUUGCCCUUUCCUCGCUUUAUGUCGUACACGGCGGAAGCGAUGGAUUAGUUCAGGCUUGGGAUCCGCUUGCUUCUUCGCUGGAUCCAGUUCGAACCCUUAACUCACGAUCUUCGGGCAGAGUCCCGAGGCACAUCGUGAACGCUAAUCCAGCAUUGCGGGAUGCCAACUACUCUGCUGUCGGUGCCAUCUUCCUUGACCCGGACCCGACUGUGCUCCGCGGCGUUCUUGCCUUUGGCACGUUUCUUCGAUACUGGACGUACAGCUCGACCGGUCAGUCCACCGGACGCAAGCGUCGUUUGCGCCAUUCAGACGUUCACGGUCGCCUAGCAAGCCGUCGACAUGGUGGCACUGUACAGGGUUACAUUGCUGCCGAAGAAGCUGAGCUUCGUCAUGAACAGGCACACCAGGCACGAGAGCAAGCCAGAUUACGCAGUCGAUUUGGCGUCGGGUUGGGCGACCUCACAGAGGAAGAAGCCAUCAGAUAUGCACAGAUGAUAUCUGAAGAGGCAUUCCUGCUUGACGAGCAACGCCGGACUAGCGCCAGCGAUACGGGCUCGGCUGCUGAUAUGGGUGAAACCACAUCGUCAUUUGGCAGUCUUGACACGGUGACCCCAGAGCCCAGUGUAUCCGGUCUCAGUCCACCCAAUGCUCAUCCCGGCAAUUCGGUUGGGCCCAGCAACACUGGAGCUGACGAAGAAGACGAUUAUGAGCAGCAGAUCCAGCGUGCCAUUCGCUUGUCUCUCAUGGAGGGUGUCAAUGACGUCGGCCAGUCGCCGCGCGGCAAUAGCUCUCCUGACUUUGAAUUCCAAGUCAAGUACAAGUCUAAGAAAGGAAAGCGGUCCGCCUCGAACUCACCGUCUUCCAGUCAGGUCCACACCCCUCUUGUGCAGUAUCCCGCACCCAUUCCCCAAUCUGAUACCCUAGCUGCAACUUCCAGCCAUGAUUAUAACCCAGACGAAGACUUAGAACUUGCUUUGCGCUUAAGUCUUCAAGAAGAGGAAGAGAGACAGGCUCAUGCUGUCGGUUUGGGCAUCGAGGUGGAAGAAGAAGACUUUCCUGAGCUCGAGGUCAAGGGGAAGGGAAAGGGAGUGUACCGUGGUUAA